GCUAAAGGGAUAGAGCACCGCGCGAGGCUGUUAACACCUGCCCUUCCGGUCACGUGAUCCACUCGCGCCUCCAUUAGUUGAGUCAUCUAAUGUGAGUGAUUUGUAUCAGGGUCUCCACAGAAUGGAGCGAGAAUGAGCAGAGAGCGGCUGAAGGAAAAGCAUGAACUGGAGGUUUAUUGAGGUCAUCUGCUUCCUGUUUAUAUGGGACCAUAUAACAGUUCAGUCUUCCCGCCAGGACCCAUCUGCUGCCGAGCAACAUGUCUCCAAGCAAUUUGACUGGCUCAUCUCGGACCGCGGGCCUUUCCACCACUCUCGGAGUUACCUCUCCUUUGUGGAAAGAUUCCGCCAAGGAUUUACAACCAGAUAUAAAAUAUAUAGAGAGUUUGCGCGUUGGAAGGUGAGGAACACCGCCAUCGAGCGGAGGGACCUCAUCCGAAACCCUGUGCCCCUCAUGCCGGAGUUUCAGCGCAGCGUGCGGAUGCUGGGCCGGCGGCCAUCUACGCAGCAGUUCAUCGACACCAUCAUCAAGAAGUACGGCACCCACAUCCUCAUCUCGGCUACUCUGGGAGGUGAGGAGGCUCUUACUAUGUAUAUGGCUAAAAAUAAACUGGACCGGAAGAUGGUGAAUGUCACGCAGAGCGUGGAGACCCUCCAUCAGCUGGCCUCCUCCUAUUUCAUAGACCGGGAUGGGACCAUGAAGAAGCUCCAUGAGAUCCAGAUUUCCACCAAUGCCAUCAAGGUAGGCACCCCCCAGCCCGUCCUCCCACCAUCACUGCCCAUGUGCCACUCCAUGUUCCAUCCAGUCAUCUCUGCCGUUGUCGUCGGUGACAGACCAGUGAAGCAGUUGUGGCAGCCCAGGCUUCGGGUACCGGCAACUGAGGCGUGA